AUGGGCAUCGAGAAAUACAAGGGACGCGUUGCACUGGUUACUGGCGCCAGCGCAGGCAUCGGUGCUGCCAUAGUGCAGGCGCUGCUGAAGCAUGGACUCACCGUCGUGGGAAUGGCCAGGAGGGUCGAAAAAGUUAAGGAGCUUGCACUCAAAGACGCACCAGGGAAGCUGUACGCCGUUGCCGGAGAUGUGAGCGACGAAGCCAGCAUCCUGGCGGCCUUCAAGUGGGUCAAGGACAACCUGGGUGGCGUCGACAUCCUCAUCAACAACGCUGGUGUAUUUCCCAUUACUAGCCUUACGGAUGGCAAGACGGAGGACUGGAAGCGAAUCCUGGACGUGAACGUGCUGGGUCUGAGCAUCUGCACCAGGGAGGCCGUGCAGGGCAUGCUGAGCAGGGGCGUCGACGACGGCUUCAUCAUCCACAUCAACAGUGUUGCAGGACACACACUGCAGCUUACAGAUGGUAAGGCGAUGUAUGCUGCCAGCAAGCACGCCGUAAAAGUCCUGCUCGAAGGGCUGAGAAAAGAUCUCGUGAGCAAGGGUAGCAAGAUACGAGUUGGGGAGGUUUCUCCAGGUUUAGUGCUAACUGAGGGAAUAACAAACGUAGCGGCUGCUGCUCCAAAGGGAAACGAUUUUUUCUCCAAAUUGAACGAUAUACCUUCUUUGGAAUCAGAAGACGUAGCAGGAGCUGUUCUUUAUAUGUUGUCCCAGCAUCCUCGCAUUCAGGUGCGCGAUAUAAUUGUAUUACCAACUGGCACUCCGUUCUAA